UUGUUUUCACACCCAAAGGGGGCCAAGAUCAAAAUAUCAAAAACGUUUUGACCUCUAAAUUUUUAGAUCCGAAUCUAAUUUUGCAAAAUUUCUCAAGCUUUCUUUUUUUUAAAAAAAAAAAUUGAGAUCUUUCUCCCUUCCAAAUUUCAAAUCGGAAGGAAAAUUUUUUCUCCAUAAAGAAUGGCGAAUAACAACGGAAGCAACAACAACGAUCGGGAGGAAUCGAGCCCUCUUUUGAGCAAACAAGUCGUUGAAGGAGACGAAAAGAAGGAAGCGAAUGGUAAAAAGUCGAAGGAGGCGACUGCCGAGGUGGCAGCUUCGCCGGUUGUUAGUUCUGCGGCUGGGUAUGGAUGGACAGCUGAUGGGCUGCCGUUAGGCCACGGGAGUGUCGUCGGAGAGCCCAUGGGUCGGGCUCAGUGGGACUCCUCCCUCCUCGCUUGUCUUGGUCGCAAUGAUGAGUUUUGCAGCAGCGACGUAGAAGUCUGUCUACUUGGAAGCAUGGCCCCUUGUGUGCUGUAUGGAAGCAAUGUUGAAAGACUUGGAUCUGCUCCUGGGACCUUUGCAAAUCACUGCUUGCCUUACUCUGGUCUGUAUCUGAUUGGAAAUUCCUUUUUUGGCUGGAAUUGUCUUGCACCAUGGUUUUCAUACCCUAGCCGUACUGCCAUUCGGAGGAAGUUUAAUCUGGAGGCAAGUAGAUCUUAGCUUUUAUCUUCCUUACCUUUAUUUUUUAACUCUUUUAACUUCUGUCAAUUUUUGUUUGAUUUCGAAAUUGAUUAUUGGUGAUUUUCGUUUAUCCUCUGUUCGUUAUCUAUAUAUGACAUAUUGGCUGAUUUAGAUGUGACAUUUUUGCCUUCUUAUAUUUCUGUGUUUGUUGGUAAAUUGUUUUCUUCCUUUGCAUGUCGUUUCCCCAUCUUGUGGUGAUGGUGGUGGUGGGGAAGUUAAUUGUUCUGUCGUAUCCUCAUUUUCACACACAUUGUUGUAUUGAGUUAGUUGAUCCCUUGAUUGCGUUCUUCUUGCGGAGGGACAAUUAGGAGUUUUAGGCGUAGAAUCAAAG